AUGACUUCGUCUCCUCGUUCUCGUUUUUAUGAGAGGGUUUUGAAAUCUGGACCAUUCUCAUGCAUACUAAGUCUCACUAACUGUUGUUUGCUGUCCUGGGGUGCGGCGAUUUGUUCAAAAUUUUUGAGUAAUAUCAAGAAAAAGAGAAAAGUAAGCAUGAGCAAUAGUCGAUGGUAUACCGAUACGAGCAGCGUGACAUCGUCAUCACCGGCCCAUAGUGAUGCAAGUUUUGAUGCGGAUGUUACGUUACGGGGGCAUAGCAGCAUUAAUCGUGAGCACAGUUUCGAUGAUCCUUCGAUGCCUCCACUUCCACCUUCCAGUUUCUCGAGACCUAAUCGACCACCAUGUCUGCACAAACCGAAGGACUUGAAAACGAGUGUGCCGCCAGGAGAUGGGAUUUGUGUGCCUCCAGUACUUCUGUCACCAGUGUUGUCGAGACCAGUUCGAUCCGCGCAAUCGGCAACAACUAGUCCGCUACCGGCCCACAACAGUCCUUUGACUUUCCAAAAUUCGGACUCGGAAAACAGCGAUGGCACACCAUGGCGUGGAAGUGGAGGCAGUAUCAAUCUGGCGCGACGCAGUCUAGCUGGCGGAUCGCGUCCAGCUACUCCCAAUAUGUCACCAGUACUAAAUCGUUCUUCCAGUGGAAGUAGACUGGGAGCGCUGCAUCUGAACAGCAGAAGUGGUUCUGGAAGUGGACUAGUAUUAGGACGAAGUAUUGUGCGACGAACCGAUUCGACCAGUGAAGCAGAUCGCCGCAGAAAACGUCUUCGUCGUAGAACGAUGGCUCAGGGCAUGUGCAGCGAAUCGUCGGUGGAAGGCAGUUGGCCAUCUUCAUCAUCGUCGGCAAACUUGUCUCGGCUCCGCUCCGGCCUUGGUCAUUCUGAUCCACAAAUCUCUGCUAGUAGCAGCCACACGCCAUCUCCUAAGUUAUCCAAGGAUGUCCAAACUCUCUCACAAACAACGCGAUCCAGUGCUGCACGCAGAAGUCUGAACGCCUCGACUUCGCCGGUACUCACUCAGCGAUGUCGAAGUCCAAGUCGUGGUGGAGGUGUCGGAAGCAGUGCCACCCUGACUACAAGAACAACAGCUCCUGUUGGGGUUCCGCUGAGAUCGUACUCUUCACGAACGGGAAGUUCACUAAUGGCACCACAACAUGACAAUCGCCGUUGGUCUUUAGCAUCGUUGCCAUCGACCAGCGGUUAUGGAACCCCUGGGAGCAAUUCAGCAUUUUCGAGCCAGUAUUCAUCGUCCGAGCAUUUGUCAGAAAUGUUGGAGUGCAUGCGAGUCGGCGCCGGCCGCUUUGAUAGCAAUGACAGUUGCCCUUCCGCAGAAGAUGCGAUGAAUACGAGUUUUAGGCCAAGAAGUAGAAGUUUGACGAGCCCCAUCAAAUUGAACUCUGACUUUUCCAUGGAGGUUGUCAACCGCAACAGUGUCUACAAAGAACGAUUUCCAAAGGCCAAAGCGCAAAUGGAAGAGAAAUUAGCCUCUUUUGUUGCUGAACAUGCGCCUCUCAGUGGUGGCUCUUCAACGGGAGAUGCCGAUCCUGGCUUGGAUGCGGCAGGAAAUCGUCGAUCCAUGGUGCUGGAAAUCGAAACCUGUGUGGAUCGCACUCUUCUUCGAUUGAUUGGCGAUGGAGCGACAAGGUUUUUGCACCAUCAAAUUGUCGAAGUUGCUUCGGAUUGUCUGGCACGAUCGCGUGAUGAAACCAUCUCAUGUUCGUACUUCUGCGAGAUGAGUCAGAGAUUGGAUGAAACUCUGAAUGAGGCACAACAAAAAACAUCACAAGAAUCAUUUGCCUAUCUGUCAAAGCUAGUUAAGCAGCUACUGAUGAUAGUGAGUCGGCCAGCUCGAUUAUUGGAAUGUUUGGAGUUUGAUCCGGACGAGUUUUACCAUCUGCUUGAGGAAGCUGAAGGUGUGGUUCGAGAGCAGCUUGGUAGUGGUACUGCACGUGUACCAGAUCUGCCACAGUACAUCAUUGGUAAACUUGGUCUGGACAGAGACCCGUUGAUGGAUGUGGAUCCACGUGCGGAAUCACCGCCUAAUCCAGCCCCGUCGGUGGCAUCAUCCCGUGACGAUGAAUCGACAGCUGGCUCGUCCAAGGGCGGUGAACAACCACAGAAAGCGCCUUGUGAAGAUGACUUUGAGACGAUCAGGCUUGUCAGUAAUGGUGCUUACGGAGCUGUGUAUCUUGUACGACAUCGGGAAACAAGACAACGUUAUGCUCUCAAAAAAAUGAAUAAACAGACUCUUGUACUUCGCAAUCAAGUGGACCAGGUAUUUGCCGAGCGUGAUAUCCUCACUAUGGCAGAUAAUCCUUUUGUGGUGUCUUUCUACGGCUCUUUCGAGACUCGACAUCAUCUCUGCAUGCUGAUGGAAUACGUAGAAGGUGGAGACUGCGCAGCGUUAUUGAAAAGUGCUGGCACUUUGCCAAUCGAUUUAGCUAGGUUAUAUGUAGCGGAAACUGUACUGGCAAUUGAAUAUCUGCAUUCUUAUGGAAUCGUGCAUAGAGAUUUGAAGCCUGACAAUCUACUGAUCACAGCAAUGGGUCACAUAAAAUUGACGGACUUCGGAUUGUCAAAAAUUGGGCUGAUGAAUCGGACCACACUCGUGGCAGAGGGCUUUGAAAACGCCGUCGAUACGCAUCAAUUCAAAGACAAGCAGUUAUGCGGCACUCCUGAAUACAUCGCUCCUGAAGUGAUCCUUCGCCAAGGUUACGGUAAGCCCGUCGACUGGUGGGCUUUAGGUGUCAUUUUGUAUGAGUUCCUUGUUGGAUGCGUGCCUUUCUUCGGUGAUACACCUGAAGACCUAUUCUCGAAGGUGAUAUCAGAAGAAGUUGAGUAUCCUGACGGUGAGGAAGCUCUGCCUUCCGAAGCUGAAGACCUGAUAAGACGGCUAUUGGAGAAAAAUCCUGUUGAACGCCUUGGAGCGCUGGUUGGUGCAACCCAGCUGAUGGUACACCCAUUCUUCGCCACCUUGGACUUCAAUACUCUGCUUCGACAGAAGGCUGAAUUUGUGCCACAGCUGGAACAUGACGAGGACACCAGCUACUUUGACACUCGCUCGGAUCGUUAUAACCAUGAUGCUGAAUCUUGUGGUGAAGAAGAAACGAUGGCGGUGGCAGCAGCCACUCCUAUGUUCCAUUCAUUCUCAACAGCCAGCCCACGACAUUCGCUUGUCAACGUUGAACCCCAGGCCGCCCUUCAGAGCGGCACAAAUCAACAAACUGAGCGUUCAAGGAAACCUUCGUCAACUACGCAAUCAAGUGAAGAUCAGGCAGACUUCAUGGAUGAAAAGGAGUGCCCGAUACCUUCCGCUAUGCUUCUAAGGCGACGAUUCUCUGCUCAGCGACAAGCGAAUGUUUCAACAUCUUCUAGUGGUACCACUGGUACUGGUUGUCUGAACACUGCAUGUUCUUCCACCGAUAGCAGCAUGGAUGCUUCACAUGUGAGCACAAUCGUCGUUGGAAUGGAUUCUAGAAGGUCACCUCUGCCUCGAUUCGCCAUUUCUUGCGAUCCAGAUGAGCAUCAUCACACUUCAACUGAAUCUAGAACUAGCAAAGAGUUGUCUCCCGUCGACGAAACUGUGCGAUUUAGGGCUCAUCCACCAUCUCCGUUGCAACUCGUGAUCCCAUCCACUUCAAGCUCCACUACCCAAGCCGCAAGUUCAAGCAGUAAUGACACUUGCUAUGUGGUGUCUGGAGGCCAGCUUUCUCCUGGUGCUGCCUCGGCUUCUUCCGUAUCAUCAUACGAUGGUGCUUCCCCACAUCCAAUCCAUGGCGAGCAGCUAAGUCCAGCUCAGUCCUUAAGUAAACCUCCGAUUACGAUCAGAAAGGGACCAUUUGGAUUCGGUUUUACUCUGAAAUCUGUUCGAGUUUAUCUUGGUGAACACUCGGAUUAUUAUACCAUCGAGCACAUAGUGACAGCUGUAGUAGAAGGAAGUCCUGCCUAUGAAGCCGGUCUGCGCAGUGACGACCUGAUCACUGCCGUAAACGGACAGGCAGUCUACAAUCUCACUCAUCCCCAACUCAUGCAUCGUCUGCUAAGCUAUGGCAAUGAACUGACAUUGAAGGUCACACCGUUGUCUGCCACUUCGAUCAAAGAGGGUGCCCCCAGAAAAACAUUAGGUAAACUUGCUAAGAAGAAACCAAAAAGACCUCAACGUCGAGUCCCGCUUGAGAAGAAGCCAAGAAAACCGUCUUCCUUGCUUCGUCGUCUGAGCGGAAAACGUGCCACCAACGACAUCGUGCCUGGAAGUUCUAGCCAGAAACAGACCUUUAUGCCAAGGUCGGUCUCCAGUCAAGAUGGCGCCAUACUUGGUGGUCCACUUACCACUACCACAUGUCCUCCAUGUGCGAGUACGUCAACAUCGGGAACAGCAGUCGCUUGUCCAAAAUCCACCUGCCACAAACGACUUUCGGAUGUUGGUCUCAGAGAGGAGAAUCGUUCUCCAUUAGUGUCAUCACGGCCAUCGUCCCUGAGAGGUUUGAAGCAGCCACUGCCGCCACCAUUGACCCCCGGAAGUUCUGCAUCAGCCACUCUAAACGUGAAGAUGCCAACGUCCCCCAUACCAGUGAGUCCAUUGGCAAGAACGGAACAUACGGAAAGUGCUCCUGCGGGUCCGAUUGUGACAAGAUCUCCAAGUCCUUCAUCAAGCAAUAAAUUAAUGGCGAGUGGUCGAUCAUUAUUACGGAUGCUGCAUCGGGACGAGAAACAUGAUCCAAGUAGCGGUAAACACUGACUUUAGAGAUGUAAAUGCCGUGAGAGCGCUUGUGUAAUAUGUAUCUUCACAGUGUAUUGAAUUAUGUAUUUGGUUUCUUCAUGUAUUUUCUAGCGUACUGUACAUCGGGUAAAGUGACUGUCAAAGUCUCUUGUGAACGUUUUUCGUGUAAUGUACGGAUUUACAAAUCCCAAAGCGUGUUCUGUGAAUGUUUCAGCAUACUCAUUUUCUUCCAAAGAUUAGUUUCAACGACUAAGAAGCAUCUCUGUGUUUUUCUUCUGACGAUCACUAUAUUUUCUUCGCUGUACAUAGCUUUAUUUAUACUUGUUUCUGUGCAUAGUUCAUGCGCAUUUAAGCGUCCUUUUGUACCUAUCCUCUCUGCUGCUGAACCGUAUUGUUUUGCUUUCACUCACAAUCGUCUUCAAAAUUUUUACUUUCUGUAUUACUGCUCUGUUUCAAUACACGCAGAGCAGCUUAUAUAUCUGUUCGGAACGACCAGCAAUCAAAUCUGUUUCUGCUUUUCUUGGCGGGUGUGCUCUGUGUUUUCUUCAAUAAUUUUGUGUCGAUUCGUCGCCCUUUCCCUUGCGCGUAGUCUUUUCUUGCUUUGUCAAAUCAAACACUAAUGUUUUCAAUCCUACUCGCUACCGAUUUCGCUAAAUUUUUGUUACAUCUGAUAAAGAUUUGCAUGAG